AUGUCCAAGGACUUCACCCCUGAAGAGUAUCAGGCUGGGCGCCGCCUGGUUCGUUUCUCGCGCACGCAGGACGGCAACAAGCUCUGCGUUUCCUGUGAGGCCAUCACACCAGACGACUAUACUGAAGGCGACAUAGUCGCUUCGUGCAUUAUCCGCGAUAACCACGAGGAGCCCUGUGUCACUUCGGUCGAUAUUAUCGUGCUGUUGCAACGGUUGGUACAGGACUCAUUCUCUGUCGAGGAGAAGAAUCGCAUCAGGCGUAACCUCGAGGGAUUCCAUCCCGCCACCAUCGCGAAGACGAAGCCGGAUACGGAGGUUUUCUUCAGGAGAAUCAUGGACUUCCCUGAGCCGAAGCCAAGAAACAUCGAGAAGGACGUCAAGGUGUUUGAGUGGACGGUUCUCCCAGCGGCGCUGGAGAAAAUUAUCCAUAAAUAUGUACAUACGCCCCUGGGUACAUUCUUUUUCAGCCUUGACUGA